AUGACCAAAUCCAGCGAUGCGGGCCUCUCCCCGGCUCUCGUCGAGACGGUCGCCGGUCUUUCGGCCGGCUCCAUGGCCACUUUGAUUGUCCAUCCGCUUGAUAUUGUCAAGACUCGGAUGCAGAUCCACCGAAGCAGCCCAACCAACCCCUCGGCAGCGCUCACCACCGUCUCCGUCUUCCGGAGUCUGGCGCAAACCGACCAGCCCCUCGCCGCCCUCUACCGCGGCCUGACCCCGAACCUCAUCGGCAACGCCACCAGCUGGGCCUCCUUUUUCUUCUUCAAGUCCCGUUUCGAGCGACUCAUCGCUCACCUCAAGGCCCCUCCCCCUCCUUCACCAUCAUCAUCAACCUCUUUCUCAUCAUCAUCCCACAAAGAUGUAACCACCACCACCAUCCAAAGGGAAACCCAAGCCCAAAUCAAAUCCCACCUCUCCCCCACCGACUUCUUCGCCGCCUCCCUCCUCGCCGGCGCCGCCACGCAAAUCAUCACCAACCCCAUCUGGGUCCUCAAGACCCGCAUGUUAUCCACCGACCGGGCCGCCGCCGACGCCUACCCGAGCAUGUUAUCCGGCGCCUUCCGGCUAUUCAGAUCCGAAGGGAUCCUCGGUUUCUACCGUGGUUUAGGAGUCGGCAUGCUAGCCGUCAGCCACGGCGCCGUGCAAUUCGCCGUGUACGACCCCGCGCGGAGGAUGUAUAUCGCGAGCAGGGACGCUAAGCGGCGACUUUCUAGUUAUGGUCAGCAGGAAGUGGCACUGAAUGGAGAAGGGGAGGAGAGGAUAUCGAACGAGGCGACGAUUGUGCUUUCUACUGUGGCGAAGCUGGUGGCCGGCACGGCGACGUACCCGUUGCAGGUCAUGAGGGCGAGGCUGCAGCAUCAUCUGGCUGAUGAGCUGUUUGGGCGGGGCAUAGCGGGGGUGGUGAGGAAGCUGUGGAGGGAGGAAGGGUUUAGAGGGUUUUAUAGGGGCAUGAUGCCUGGUGUGGUGAGGGUGCUGCCAGCGACGUGGGUGACUUUUUUGGUGUAUGAGAAUGUCAAGUAUUAUCUGCCUAAGAUGGUGGGCGGUAGUAUGUGA